AUGUUUGGUGGAAAUUUCGAUCUGGACGGCUUGGAAAUUUUGCAGAAAGUUGUUUCGAGUUCUGCCGAGCCAGACAAGCUCGUUCGGCCCAAAGUCGAGUUUCUCUGGGGUCCUGAUAUCGUCCACACGGCCACCAAACUACACGAAUCAACACCCGGCCCAGAACUGACUUAUCAGAAUGUUGAUCACAGCGGCACUGUCGCAAACGUCGAGAAUCCAACCUAUGAAGCAUUGUCUGCUCCAGUCGACCAAGCCUUGUACGAACACGUUGACUCAAAGCCCCAAGCAUCUGCGGGGUUGUCGGAAGUGACAUAUUCCGAAGCAGCUGCAUCCGGUGUCCAGUACGCUGAUCCUUCGCUGCCCAAUCCCUCGUCUGUUCGUGCGCCAUCCGCGCACACACCAACCACUUACGCCACUGUCACUGUACCUUCUUCGGAGGCCGGGAAUGGGGACGACGCGUAG